AUGUCAACGAUGAUAAAACACUGUAAAACAUUAUUUAAUAACUUCUAUAAUAUUUCAAAGUUGGUUUAUAAAUCUAAAUCCACUGAGUCGGCAAGUUUUCACAGCAGAAGACAAUUAAAACAAUCUCUUGUUUAUUGGUGCUUUGAACCUUACUUCGAUGUGCCGACAAUGAUUAAAAUUGCUAAACAAUUAGGAUUUGACAGUAUUGAAUUAAUUGAUCCGAAAUAUUUUCAUUUACUAAAAGAAGUUGAUCUUAAAUGUGCUAUGUGUCCCAUUCAUUUAGGUGAUGAAAUACCACCAUUUCUAAGAGGUUUUAAUAAUCGAAAGCAUCACAAACAAGUGAUUGAAGCAACGAAAAAUGCAAUUGAUGCAGCUGCCGCUUAUCAAUUUAAACGGGUGAUUACAUUUACCGGAAUGAGCAAUGGAAUUAGUAAUGAUGUGGCGGCAACGAAUUGUGUUGACGGUUAUAAAAAAGUAAUUAAUUAUGCUGAAAAGAAGAAUGUUACACUGUGUCUUGAAAUGUUAAAUACACGUGUGUCUGAUCAUCCAAUGAAAGGGCAUCCAGGCUAUACGGGUAAUAAUACACAAUACUGUAUUGAUAUUAUUAAACGAGUUGGUUCUGAAAAUUUAAAGUUACUAUUUGAUAUUUAUCAUGUUCAAAUAAUGGAAGGUGAUUUAGUACGACGUAUUCACCAAUACAAAGAUUUUAUAUCUCAUGUACAUACAGCAGGCAAUCCUGGACGUGGUGAAUUAGAUGAUAAUCAAGAAAUUAAUUAUAGAAAAAUGAUGAAAACGUUGUUUGAUAUUGGUUAUGAUGGAUACGUUGGACAUGAAUUUAUUCCUACUCGUGAACCUAUCGAAGGACUUAAAGAAGCGAUGGCUCUUUGCCAUAUAGUAUAG